AUGGUCGGAAAGAUCCUCGACUUUGAAUGCGCCGUUAUCACCGGCGGUGCAGGAGGACUCGGCUAUGCAAUGGCCGAGUACUUUCUCUCGCAAAAUAAAAAGGUCAUCCUCGUCGGUCGUACCGAGUCCAAGCUAGUGCAAGCAUCAAAGAAGCUCUCAAAUGCUCCUUAUUACGUGCUCGACACUGGGAAUGUGCACGAAUUCCCAGCGUUCACGCAAAAGCUGCUGUGCGAGCAUCCCGAGGUGGACUGCCUGAUUAACAACGCUGGAGUUCAGCGACCGCUCGAAGUACAGAAUCUCGCGCUGGACAAAGUAGACAACGAGAUCAACAUCAACAUUCGCGGACCAGUGCAUCUCGCAACUGCCUUUCUGGAUCACCUCAAAAGCAAGAAGCUUGGCGUGAUCAUGAACGUCAGCUCCGUAUUGGGUUUCGUACCAUACAGCAUCAUCAACCCAAAUUACAACGGCACCAAGGCCUAUAUCCACUUCUGGAGUGAGGCGCAGAGGAUACAGCUCAAGCAUACCAAUGUGAGGGUGGUGGAGAUUGUACCGCCAAGUGUAGGUACUGAUCUGCAUAGGGAAAGGGAGAAUCCGGACGACAACAAGAAGCAUCUGGGAGCUAUCAAUUCGUUGACAGUGCAAGAAUUCAUGGACGACUUGGUCAAGGGGCUCAAGGCAGACCAGGACGUGAUCAGCGCUGGGUCAGGUAUUGCACUCGUCAACAAAUGGGACAACGCCUUCAGGGAGCAGUUUCAGAGCGCUGCUGAGAAGUAUCAGCCCAAGUGA